CCAUGUUGAUAUUACAAUAAUCCUAUGAUGUAAGUACAUACAUAUUCUUAUCUCUAAUUAAUCUGUUUUUCUUCCUUUAAUCAAAUUGUGAGAAUGUUUCUCCAAUUCUGGUUCUGUCCCUAUCAGUAAGAGAGCCGAUGCCAAUGGAAAGAAUUGUAGCUUCCACAUAUAAAAUGAGUUGUUUCUCAUGAAAAUACAUAUUUUCCUAGACACUAAUCUUGGCAUGGCUUCUCGUUGGUUCUUGAUCUCCCUUGUUUUUUCGCUAUGCACUAUUCUAUCUACAUCAGCUGAUGUUUUUAUCAGCAUUGACUGUGGAUCAUCGAUCCCAAACAGAGACGAAAACGGGAUCACUUGGGUGGGGGACGAUAAAUACGUGCAGAGUGGCGAAUCCCGUUCCAUUAAACCUCUGAAUUCCAGGUUCAGCGUAGCAGACACCCUGAGGGUGUUCACUACUCGGAACAAGAACUGCUACCACAUCGACUCUGUGAAGAAAGGUCGUGUUCUCGUGCGUGCUAGCUUUUACUACGGGAACUACGAUGGCAAGUCUUUUCCUCCCACAUUUGAUAUCCACUUCGAUGGGAACUUCUGGACUACAGUCCAUACGUCGAAUACAGAGUUCUACUACUAUGAGGUGACUUAUGUACUGAAGAGGGAAUCCAUCAGUGUGUGUCUUGCUCAGACGAAACCGGGACAGUUCCCCUUCAUAUCGGCUCUUGAAGUGCGCAGUUUGGAGUCAUCUAUGUAUAACUAUGUCAACGACAGUUAUCCAUUGCUCGUGUGGAAAAGAGUUGCUUUUGGCUCAAAUAAGGUUCUUAGGUACCAGGACGAUCCGUACGACAGACUAUGGAACAUUGGAGGUUAUGGGAACGGGUCGAUCCCAGUUUCGGGUGAUUCCAUCUUUACUCAGAGGCCACAUGUAAUGGAUAAUCCGCCACCUGCGGUGCUUAGGAAUGCAAUCACUGCAAAAACCCUGAACACGAGCGUAGAAUUGUUGAUGGGAUUUCCUUCUUAUGAAAUCAAUGUCUUCAUAAACUGGUAUUUCUCUGAAGUUACUCGGUUAGGACCAGGCCAGAAUCGGUCCUUCAGGAUUUUCAAGGAUAACGAGUCCUACUCGGAACCAAUCAUUCCUCUUUACGGAGAUUGUGUUGAGAUGAUACUAGACAGCGCUAUUGCAGUUUCAUCAAACACCACAUUCUCUCUUGUGCCCACCAACGUCUCUACGCUUCCCCCACUCAUUAAUGCUCUGGAAAUAUUUCAACUCCCGGAGCCGGACGACAAGUUAACUGAUGGUACCAACAAGAAAGACGUUGAAGGCUUAGCUUCUCUGCAAGAGAGAUUCAAAUUAUUGCAAAGUUGGACAAGCGAUCCUUGUCUGCCAGCACCUUAUACAUGGGAUUGGAUCAAAUGCAGUCUUGAUCCUAUUCCGCGAGUAACAGCACUGCUUCUCAAUGGCUACGGCCUGUCAGGGUCGCUUCCGGAUUUCAGUUCCAUGGAUGCUCUUCAAACAAUAGAUGUUCAGAACAACAGCUUGCAAGGGCCUAUACCUGAUUUUCUUGGGACAUUGCCCAACCUCAAAAUAUUGAAUUUUGCUGAUAAUCAGUUCAAUGGUAGUGUGCCAGCAUCGCUGUCAACAAAAAAGGGCUUAAAUCUAACGGUAUCUGGGAAUCCUGGGCUGUGUGCAUCAGAUGAGACAUGCCACAUUUCAGCAGCAUCGCCAACCAACGACAAGAAGAAGAACAUUCUAGAGUUACUGUUUGCCGCCAUCACUGCGUCUAUCUUCGUACUAUAAUCGAUGAAGAUUUUAGUGUAUGAGCAAAUGUGGUGUUGCUGGCUUGCUGCAGUAUUGUGGGAAAAUGAAUGAUGUUUAAGUCAUCAAAAUGAACAUUGUUUUUGUAAAAGUUGUUAUGUCCUAGUUAUCAAAUCACUACUUGGUAGAAGCAUUGCAUAAGUGCAUAUCUGUGAUUAAUAACUUGCUACAUGCCUAUAUUGUAAUAGUGGUUUAGGCUUUGGACAUUGAUAAUAUUUUAAUAUUGCAAAUUUGAUUUGAAA